AUGACCGAAGCGCCGAUCGUCGUGCUCGUGCGCAUCUUGGCCACCCUAACUGCCUGCCUCUUGUUUGCGAGUUUGUUACCCGCCAUCCGCGUCGUGCAUCGUCGGCAAAGCACGGCAAGUAUGCCGAGUGCGCUCCCGAUUCUGUCCAUGGUGGCCAAUUGUGUAUCCUGGGGACUCUAUGGUCUGCUCAUCCACGACUACGUCCCUCUAGUGGCUACGAACGCCGUGGGACAAGUCCUGUCGCUCUUCUACCUUGUUGUGUACUACUACUACGAGACGAACAAAUGUCGAUUGAGUCUCGAGAUUCUCGCCAUGACGAUUGUGCUCGCACUGCUCGUGCUCUUCCCCUUCGUUGCUGCCCACGAAGGCAUGAGCGCCGAGUCGGUCGAAGCCAUCAUUGGCAGCUUCUCAGUCGCUGUCUCCGCCGUCAUGUUUGGCUCGCCGUUAAUUUUGGUCAAGAAGGUGGUCCAAGAACGCAAUACGGACUACUUGCCGCUGACGAUGAUCAGUGCAGGAGCCGUCACUUGUGUCUUGUGGCUCCUCUAUGGCCUCCUGCUCGGAGACGCGUUUGUGAUCGUGCCGAAUGCAGCCAAUUUCUUCAUCAGCGUCGUGCAGCUUGUACUAUUCUGCAUCUACCCACGCGGAGCAGAGUACAACACGAUUGACUCUGCGACUCCCGAAGCAAAAGCCACAACGCUGGCAAAAAGUGAUGGAUCGUGUAAGAUAAUCGUGCAAGCCAAGAAAACAAAGGACGAUGAUGCUACGGAAAUCGAUAUGGAAGACACACACAGUUGCGUUCAUGCGGUAGUCGAGUCUACCGAUCCAGUUGCACUCGAGCGUGGGCCACCGAUUGAAGGCCCUGAAUGCAAAGAAGCUUUCCGUGAAGCCUAG